AACCUUCCCAGAAUCUUUAUUGGUGUCUAUGGAAUAGACAGAAGGGAGAAGUAGUAUAAAGAGUUGGGAAAUAUCUCCAAGGAGAAGUUUCCUAGGAAAGUCUCUGCUGAGGACGUACUGGGGAAUGUAAAGAAUUUAUUCCUUAUUCAGACACUGGGAACUGUCCUGAGAAAGGGAAGCGGAACAUCAGCGCUGCGAGAUAUUGUUUAGUUCCUAUAAGGAUCUGAGAUGUCCACGAUGAAGAAGAUCAGAGGUGACAGAAAUGAAAAUAUUCAGGCAAACCUCAGCCAAACCCAGAUGUCUCAGGAGUUUUGUGCGGAUGGGAAAUCUCCUGUUCUGAGAACACAAGAGGGUCAAAAUACUAAUGCAAAAGAUAUUAGAAUGUCAUUUGACUGUAGAGAAUGUGGAAAAAGCUUCAGGAAUCAGUCUAAGCUUAAAACCCAUUUUCUAUGCCACACAGGUGAGAACCCAUUUGUCUGCACCGAACGUGGGAAACGUUUUAGGGCUAAAAGUGAACUGAACAUUCAUAAUAAUUUACAUACAGGAAAGACUUUCCCCUGUACAGAGUGUGGCAAAUCCUUUGCAGCAAAGAAGAACCUGAAAAGACACCAAAUGAUCCACACUGGGGAGAGACCGUUUGAAUGUCCUGAGUGUGGGAAAGGCUUCAUGAAUUCACAUCAUCUCAAAUCUCAUGUUUUGAUUCACACAGGAGAGAAACCUUUUGCCUGUACUGAGUGUGGGAAAAGCUUCAGGAAAAAGUGUGAUCUUAAAUGUCACUUUCAAGUUCACACAGGAGUGAACCCAUUUGUCUGCACCGAAUGUGGGAAACGUUUUAGGGCUAAAAGUGAACUGAACAUUCAUAAUAAUUUACAUACAGGAAAGACUUUCCCCUGUACGGAGUGUGGCAAAUCCUUUGCAGCAAAGAAGAACCUGAAAAGACACCAAAUGAUCCACACUGGGGAGAAACCACACGAGUGCACAGAAUGUGGGAAACAAUUCCUGGAGAAAAGUAAACUACAGAGACAUUAUCGAAGUCAUACUGGAGUCAAACCAUUCAGCUGCUGUGAGUGUGGAGAACAGUUCACAUGGAAACAGCAGCUAAAGUAUCACCAACUGAGUCACACUGGGGAGAGGCCAUUUGUGUGCCCUGAGUGUGGGAAAAGCUACAAGGAACAGACUUGCCUCAAUAGUCAUAUUCGGAGGCACACAGGAGAAAAGCCUUUUGUAUGUACUGAGUGCGGGGAAAAAUACAAGGACGCAAGUACAUUGAAGAACCAUCUUGAGCUUCACAUUAGAGGAAAGUAAUUUGGUCAUUGUAAUUCUGGGGAAGCUACAAAUCUUGACUUUGAUCUUCAGAUUUACAAAGGGGAGAAAUGCUAACUUUUCACGUCAUAAGGAGUUUCCAUGAUCCAGAACUACAGUUUCACUUCGACAAAAGAUCUUCCCUAUAUACACCAUAUCAUGACUACUCUUAGGGGGAAGUUUAGAGUUUAUAAAGGUUGUAUGGAUUCUACAGUUCCAUGAAAGGUUUUGGGAAGAACUUGCAUUUUAUUUAAACCUUUGAAAUAAUCUAAGAGAGGAAGGAGCACAUAUUUAUGCACAAUUAUUCCCUGUAACCCCACUUGUAAGGUGCCUUGUAGAUCCUCCAUGCAAAUCUAUAGAAUGCAACAUCUUCCAUCUGAGACAAAGGUUCCCAACAGUGUAUGAGGGGUCAGAAGUGAAGGGAUCGAGUUGGACACCUCCCCAAUACAUUGCGUGUGUUAUUUUAUACUGCAUGGAUUCAUCUCUAACAUUUCAGAACUUUAAAAGAUAAUGUUUAUAAUUACUUUCUGUGUCUAGAAAGUAUUUGCAUUCAAAUAAAUGGGAAUCACACUACCUAUGGCAGGGACUGACGAGUUUACAGGGCCCUAACCCAUAGGGGACUUGAUCCUUAACCCAGUGCCUGUCUAGGCCCCCUAGGUGAUUGGUCUUGCCAACUAAGUAGAAUGCGGCCAUAAAAAAUUCAAAAAGCUCACUAUAUUUGUA